AGGCUUUGAAAAAAAUAACGUAAAAUAGACUCAUCAUAGUUAAAAAUCCUCAUUAAGACUAGUGGACAAAGGAUUAAAAAAAAAAGGAAGGCGCCCAGUCCAGUGCGAGAGAGUUUUUGGCAGGAGAUGUGCGUAGGUGGCGGGAGUGGGUUGGAGCUAAAUGGUGUAAAAAGGACGGUGCAGUUUCAGUCUUAAUCAAUCUUGAGCUUUUCUUCUGGUACUAAAAGCUCCCCCCAAAAAAAAAAAAAAAAAAAAAAANAAAGACUCCGAUUUUGAUUCUAGUCUGUGACUCCUCCUUGUUCCUACUCACGUACAACCCGUCCUUCCGAGAGAUGGAUUUCUGGCCGGAGUUUAUGGCGAGCAGCUGGGGGAGAGAGUUCGUCGCCGGUGGUUUCGGAGGCGUGGCCGGGAUCGUCUCCGGAUACCCCUUGGACACCCUGAGGAUUCGGCAACAACAUAGCUCCAAAUCGGGAUCUGCCUUCACCAUUCUCCGCCGUAUGCUCGCCGUCGAGGGUCCCACCUCCCUCUACAGAGGCAUGGGUGCCCCCUUGGCCUCCGUCACUUUUCAGAAUGCUAUGGUAUUCCAGAUAUACGCCAUACUCUCUCGCUCCUUUGAUUCCUCUCUUCCUCUUGACGAACCUCCUUCUUACACUGGCGUUGCUCUUGGUGGUAUCGGCACCGGUGCUGUCCAGAGCCUCUUGCUCACCCCUGUCGAGCUCAUCAAGAUUCGUCUCCAGCUACAGCAGACCAACUCUGGUCCCGUCAGCUUAGCCAAGACCAUCCUUCGGACCCAAGGUCUUAGGGGUAUUUACAAAGGCCUCACCAUUACCGUCCUCAGAGAUGCUCCCGCUCAUGGCCUCUACUUCUGGACCUAUGAGUACUUCAGGGAAAGGCUUCAUCCCGGCUGCAGAAAGACUGGAGACGAAAACCUCACCACCAUGUUGCUCGCUGGUGGUCUUGCUGGUGUUGCCAGCUGGGUUGCUUGUUAUCCUCUUGAUGUCGUCAAGACCAGACUCCAACAAGGCCACGGUGCUUACCACGGCAUUUCUGAUUGUUUUCGCAAGAGCGUCCAACAGGAAGGCUAUAGCGUUCUCUGGCGUGGCCUCGGCACUGCUGUUGCCAGGGCCUUUGUUGUCAACGGUGCUAUUUUUGCUGCUUAUGAGGUUGCCUUGAGGUGUUUCCCAUCCGCCCAUGUUGCCCCAGGAAAGCGAGUCUAAUAAAUAGGCCAACAAGUGAAUGUUGUAGUUAGCACAUAAUAGAUUUGAGGUGGAUUUGGAUUGCUUUGGUCAACCAAAUCUGACUCUUCUUUUAAGGAUCAGACAGAAAUCACUGUGACAUUCAGAAAUUGUUACAAACCCAAAAAGGAAACAGAUGGAAAUGAUGAAAUUCUUUUGCUAUA